UUUCCGGAGCGCCGCGCCUUGAGCUGCCGAGACCCGGUUCCUGCGGCGCGUCCGUCAGCCCGCCCGAUCGAGCCCGGCCCGCGCGCGUGCCGCGGCCCCGCCGAGCCUGCUGCCAUGAAGCCAGCGAGGGCUAAGACACCUAGGAAACCUCUUGUGAAAAAAGGAUCCCAGACGAACCUUAAAGACCCGGUCGGGGUGUACUGCAGGGUGCGGCCGCUGGGCUUUCCCGAGCAGGAGUGCUGCAUAGAAGUGGUCAGUAACACAACUGUUCAGCUGCACACCCCGGAGGGCUACCGACUCAACAGGAAUGGAGACUACAAGGAGACUCAGUAUUCAUUUAAGCAAGUAUUUGGCACUCACACCACUCAGAAGGAGCUCUUUGAUGUGGUGGCAAGUCCCUUGGUAGAUGACCUCAUCCAUGGCAAAAAUGGUCUCCUUUUCACAUAUGGGGUGACAGGAAGUGGAAAGACCCACACGAUGACCGGUUCCCCAGGGGAAGGAGGGCUGCUUCCUCGCUCUCUGGACAUGAUCUUUAACAGCAUAGGGUCGUUUCAAGCUAAGCGAUACGUGUUUAAGUCUAACGACAGGAACAGCAUGGACAUACAGUGUGAGGUCGAUGCCCUAUUGGAGCGCCAGAAGAGGGAAGCCAUGCCCAACCCCAAGACCCCCUCCAGCAAACGACAAGUAGAUCCAGAAUUUGCAGACAUGAUAACCGUCCGAGAAUUCUGCAAAGCAGAAGAGGUUGAUGAAGACAGUGUCUAUGGAGUGUUUGUCUCUUACAUUGAAAUAUAUAAUAAUUACAUAUAUGAUCUAUUAGAAGAAGUGCCUUUUGACCCCACCAAGCCCAAGUGGAACACAUUCGGCACGCCCUUGAGGAACCCAGAUUUUGUACUUCCACAGUCUAAAAUGCUUCGUGAAGAUAAGAACCAUAACAUGUAUGUUGCAGGAUGUACAGAAGUGGAAGUGAAGUCUACUGAGGAGGCUUUUGAAGUUUUCUGGAGAGGCCAGAAAAAGAGACGGAUUGCUAACACCCAUCUGAAUCGCGAGUCCAGCCGUUCGCACAGUGUGUUCAACAUUAAGUUAGUGCAGGCGCCCCUAGAUGCAGAUGGAGACAAUGUCCUACAGGAAAAAGAACAAAUUAUUAUAAGCCAGUUAUCCUUAGUAGAUCUUGCUGGAAGUGAAAGAACUAACCGGACCAAAGCAGAAGGGAAUAGAUUACGCGAAGCUGGUAACAUAAAUCAGUCACUGAUGACACUAAGAACGUGUAUGGAAGUCCUGAGAGAGAACCAGAUGUAUGGGACCAACAAGAUGGUUCCGUAUCGAGACUCCAAGUUAACCCAUCUGUUCAAGAACUACUUUGAUGGGGAAGGAAAAGUACGGAUGAUUGUGUGCGUGAAUCCAAAGGCGGAAGACUACGAAGAAAGCUUGCAAGUCAUGAGGUUUGCGGAAGUGACCCAAGAAGUAGAAGUGGCCAGGCCAGUAGACAAGGCAAUCUGUGGUCUGACGCCUGGAAGGCGGUUCAGGAACCAGGCGCGAGGAGGUCCCAUCGCUGACGAGCCCUCCGUCCCCGGCGUGGUUUUACAGAGCUUCCCACCGUUGCCGUCGUGUGAACUCUUGGAUAUCAGUGAUGAGCAGACACUCCCAAGGCUGAUUGAGGCCUUGGAGAAGCGACAUCGUCUUCGGCAAAUGAUGAUUGACGAGUUUCACAAGCAAGCUAAUACUUUUAAAGCCAUGUUACAAGAAUGCGACAGUGCUGUUUUAAAUAAAGAAAACUACAUUCAAGGGAAACUAAAUGAAAAAGAAAAGGUGAUCUCAGGACAGAAAUUGGAGAUAGAACGUCUGGAGAAGAAGAACAAAACUUUAGAGUAUAAGAUCGAGAUUUUAGAGAAGACAACGACCAUCUACGAAGAGGACAAGCGCAAUCUGCAGCAGGAGCUGGAAACCCAGAACCAGAAGCUUCAGCGACAGUUCUCUGACAAACGCAGAUUAGAAGCCCGGUUACAAGGCAUGGUGACAGAGACGACCAUGAAGUGGCAGAAAGAAUGUGAGCGCCGAGUGGCGGCCACACAGCUGGAGAUGCAGAAUAAACUCUGGGUCAAAGAUGAGAAACUGAAGCAGCUGAAGGCUAUUGUUACUGAACCCAAAACUGAGAAGCCAGAGAGACCCUCUCGGGAGCGAGACCGAGAAAAAGUGAUUCCACGGUCUGCGUCUCCGCCGCCGGUGCCUCUUUCUAGUAACUCUAUUGCUCAGAUUCCCAACGGCCAGCAACUCAUGAGCCAACCACAGCUACAUAGGCGCUCUAACUCUUGCAGCAGCAUUUCUGUAGCUUCCUGUAUUUCGGAAUGGGAGCAGAAAAUUCCUCCGUACAACACACCUCUCAAUGUCACAUCUAUUGCAAGGCGUAGGCAGCGGGAGCCAGGACAAAGUCAAACUUGUAUCGUGUCAGACAGAAGGCGAGGGGUGUACUGGCCUGAAGGCAGGGAGGUGGUCCCGACAUUCAGAGAGGAGCUAGCAGUAGAAGAGGAUCAUUGCUGCAGGAACGCACCACCGAUUCGUCCCCGCCACAGACGGUCGCGCUCUGCGGGAGACAGAUGGGUAGAUCAUAAGCCCGCCUCUAACGUGCACACUGAAACAGUCAUGCAGCCACAUGUCCCUCAUGCCAUCACAGUAGCUGUUGCAAAUGAAAAGGCACUAGCUAAGUGUGAGAAGUACAUGCUGACCCACCAGGAACUAGCCUCCGAUGGGGAGAUUGAAACUAAACUGAUUAAGGGUGAUGUUUUUAAAACAAGGGGUGGUGGACAAGCUGUUCAGUUUACUGAUAUUGAGACUUUAAAACAAGAAUCAACAAGUGGUAGUCGGAAACGAAGAUCAUCCACAGUAGCACCUGCCCAGCCAGAUGGCACAGAGUCUGAGUGGACCGAUGUAGAGACAAGGUGUUCCGUGGCUGUGGAGAUGAGAGCGGGAUCUCAGCUGGGACCUGGGUAUCAGCAUCACGCACAGCCCAAGCGCAAGAAGCCAUGAACAAGACCGCCCCGGUAGCAGCAGAGCGUCGUCAAUGGUGCUGGUGACUGCUCCGAAGCCACGGAGAGCAGCCUCCUGCGGCCUCGCUGGACGUCCCAGACCUCAGCCCUGUCAGACACUGGCUUAGAGCAGAGCUUCCCUGAUGGUUCCAAAGACACGCAGCAGUCAGCAGACCUUGUAUAUUAUGUGCCUCACCGUAUUUAAUAUUCCUAGCAGAGCAAGACCCCGGGCUCAUUGCUGUAUGGACUUUUUUAUAAAGCUGUUUUUUGUAUAUUUCUUAUGGACUUAUAAACUAAUUCACACAAGUGUUUGUCUUGGUAUAAUUAAGGUAAUAUCUAGAUCACGCUUCGUUUUUUAUUGUGACUUCUCCAGCUCUGGUCUAUUUCUUUGGUUUUUUAAACGAAACAAAUGCUGCUAUUGAUUAGCUGCAAGAAUGCACUUUAGACAUAUUUGACAAUUGAAACUUUCAAAAUAAAGAUAUCGGGACUGGCCCAUAAUAAAACCAUUUUCGGAAGGUGUUUUGCAUUUUGUAUGUAUAUACUCACUUUCUGACAUUUAGAUAUGCCAUUUCAUUUAGAUAUGAAAUAAAAAGCACUCAG